GAACUUAAUUUUAUUGAUUUUCUGUAUUCUAGGCUUGGGUUAUACGUUGUCAAUGAAUUCAUUUCUCGUCACUAUUUAUUACAAUAUUGUUAUUGUUUGAUGUAUAGUUUAUUUUUUUGCAUCAUUUCGAAAUAGAGUGAUUACUGAGUGGAAUACAAAGCUGCAUGGCGAUAUGUGAGAGUACAAUACGAUCCUUUAUCCGAGAGAAUUAUAAUCAAUGGCAGCUAUCACUUUGUUUGUUAUUUGCAAGGCUUCUCGUAGGAGUGUGUAUAGUACAAGGAAUUAAAUCUUCGGGAAAGGUGGUGUAUUUUACAUCAUUAUUUCCAUAUGCAGUUAUUUUUACAUUAAUUAUACGCGGUGUCACACUACCGGGAUCCCGCGAAGGUAUUUGCGGUUUUGCCGUAUUUUCCAUUCUCGGUUACAUGUCGUUCAAAACUGGUUUACCCGUUUCUCAAGUGGCCACCGCUGGACCAGGACUGGCUUUUGUGGCGUACCCACAAGUUCUAUCAAUUAUGCCGGCAGACCUUGUCUGGGCUGUUCUCUUUUUUCUUAUGUUAUUAACAUUGGGUUUAGAUUCACAAAUUGAAAAUGAACCCCAUUAUAUACGUAUGUUAAAAUAUGCACGAAUGCCCACUACACAUUGGGGGCCUUCUAGAAAUAAAAAUAGAAUUGGCCGCUAUUAUUCUGACAAUUAUCAGAAAUCUUUAACGUUGAACGAAAAAAUAAAAUAUCUAGAAGAAGCGACUGGCGAAACAAAUUUUGUAUUUACACGUUUAUGGUUUAAAAAUCAUCGUUUAAUCAAGUGA